AUGGCUCGAUCACCUAUCCGGUUCUUUGCCCUUUUCAACCAUUUUAUGGUAUGGGUAUCUGCAGUGAUUGUCAUGGGCAUUGUGUCGUACUUUUUGAGCAAGUUUGGCGCCCUCGCCAACCGCCGCACGCACAUCGUCUACCAAGAAACCAUUGCCGUCCUUACGGUUGCAAUUUGGACCGUUGGCAUGCUUCUGCCCCUCGUCGGCAGAUAUGGCGGACACAUGUGGCCUGUGAACCUCAUCUUCUCUUACCUCUGGCUCACCUCGUUCAUCUUCUCGGCGCAAGACUGGGCUCGUCAACGAUGCUACUACAGCGACUUCUUUGGCAAGUGCAGCUUGAAGAAGACGGUCAUUGCCUUUAACUUUUUUGCCUUCUUCUUCCUACUGAUCAACGCUCUGGUGGAGGCAUAUAUGUAUCGUAGCCAUCGUGCCGAGAGAGAAGGCACUGGCACGCUUCAUCACGCAAAGCGACCGGGGACGGCAGAGACGGCGGAGACGACACACUCUGCUGCCCCGGUCGCACCGGCCGCACGGGGCGUAGCAGAGCCUGCCACAACUACCGUUUAG